AUGAUCAUUCCGAUUCGCUGCUUCUCGUGCGGGAAGGUGACCGGUGACCUUUGGGAGAAGUUUGUGAAGCUUAUUGAAGAGGAGAACCUCACCGACGGCGACGCCCUUGAUCAGCUUGGCUGCAAGAGGUACUGCUGCCGACGUAUGGUUAUGACACAUGUCGAUCUCAUCGAGAAACUACUCAAGUACACACCUGACGGCCGCAAUUACAAAAAGAUCGAGAUGCAGGCCCGCAACCAGGAGCAGCGCUGA